GAACGCGUCAUAGUAUGACCGAAAGGGCCCAAUCAUCUGGUCAGAGGGACUCCCUCAUGGGCAACCAGGAUGCAGAUCUUUCCUCUGAUCAUCACUUACUGACCAAGCAAGAGGAAAACUCUCUUGAAAUUACCAGGGAAAUAUCGGAGAAGGAAAAGAAUGAUAAGGAUGGUGAUGAUGAUGACGAUGAUGAUGGGGUCCCAACCGAUUCUGGGUGGAGUUGGGUCAUCACAUUUAGUACGUUCACAGGCUUUGUACUACUGGCUGGUUACGAUUUCACCAUGUACUUCCUGUUCCCGGAUCUCGUUGUGAGGUUUGACUCGCGGGUGUCUGUGAUGACGUCAAUGUUCUCCAUACAAAGCAUCUGUAUGAGUGUCGCCAGUGUGUUUGCGGCUAACGUGUUGAUGCCUCGGUACAGUGUGCGUGUCAUAACUGUGGGCGCGGGGCUCACCUCCGCUCUGACCACACUGCUCAUGUCUCAAGCGCCCAAUAUGGGGACCUUCUUAGCUUUGACGGCUCUCAAAGGCCUGUGUCAUGGCGUUCUGGGCGUGUGUCCUGUCACCCUCCUAGGGUUCUACUUCAAGCGGCGCCGCAGUCUGGCCCAGGCCUUGGCCAACGUGGGUCUGUGUGUGGGCUCCAUGGCUUUUCCCUCCGUCGUACAGGCUCUACGGAGCCAGUAUGGGGUACAGGGCAGUCUCAUGAUCCUUUCUUCUCUGGAGCUGCACUACGUGGCGGUAUAUUUGUUGUUGAGACCUGUGGAAUCUUACAGGUAAGCCGGACAUCUUGUGUGUGUAUGUGUGUGUGUGUGUGUGUGUAUGUGUGUAUG